AUGCAGGAGUUGGUGGCUGGUGUGGAGAAGAUCAGGUUUGACCUGGAGGCUGAUGUGGAGCAGCAGCAAGGAGCUCGGCCCCUGCCCUUCCCGGGGGUGGACAGCGUGCAGGGCCCCUCCAGGCGCGGUGGCGGGGCCAAGACCGCGGUGUGCAGGCACUGGCUGCGGGGGCUCUGCAAGAGGGGCGACGGCUGCGACUUCCUCCACGAGCACGACGCCACCGGGAUGCCCGAGUGCCAUUUCUACUCCAAGUUUGGCGAGUGCAGCAACAAGGACUGUCCCUUCCUGCACGUCGAUGCCACCCCCAGCACCAUGGGCUGUCCCUGGUACGACCGCGGGUUCUGCAGGCACGGUCCCCGGUGCAAGUACAAGCACACGCGGAGGGUGAUGUGUGCCAACUACCUGGUGGGGUUCUGCCCAGAGGGACCCAAGUGCAAGUUCGUGCACCUCAAGGCCGGGCUGAUGACGAGCAGCACGGAUCCCUCCAAGGAAACUGGCUGUCCAUGGGGGCUGGUACAGCGGGAUCUGGCUGCUGGUGAGGAGAGGGGAGGCGAGGACAUGCCGCCCACAGAGCCACCUCCACGAGUCACACAGCACCUGGCAGCACAUCUAUGGGACAUCAGUGGCUGCCCCCCGGGCCCACAGAGCCUGCUGGAACGAGGCACCUGCUCCAAGAGUGGACAGGUCGGUCCCUACACUGGUGAGAGUGGGAGGACUCAGAUGGAAAUGCUGCUGGGGAAGUGAUUCCAGUGCUCCCACAUGGAUCAGGGAAGGAGGACACCCUAAAACAUGAUGGAGAUGGAGAGACAGCACCGGGGCAGCUGCUGGACUAGAAAAGCCAGUCGGGUUUGCU